AUGGCGUCUGCGGCCGCGCAACUGUCGCUUCCGCGCAUCUUCCGUUCAUCUCCAGAUGCCCAUUGUCACUCGUCUAGCCGCCAUCGUUCCGCCGUGCUUCCGCGUUUCACGGGCUUAAAAAUCUCGUCACCAGUUGAGCGAUUAGGCGGUGAAAAUGCGUUCCGCGGUACUAGUGCCGUGCCUGGCGGAAAAAGAGGAAAGGGGGAACCUCUCCGCCUUCCGAGUGCGCUGGCGCGCGCGGACGUUGUGGUUGCUGCGGCGGAAGGCGGAACCCGCGCGCCGCCGCGGGAUCGGAAGCAGAAGCUCGCUCCGCCGAGCGGGCGCGCGGGGGGCGCGGGGAGGUCGGGGGGCGGAAAGAUUCCGUACGAGCUCGAGGCGGUGAUCAGCAAUCUCGUGUCGCUCGCGCCACGUGGCAGCAUCUCGCGAUGCAUGGAGACGUUCAAGGGGAAGCUGACGCUGCCGGACUUUGCGCUGAUCUUCAAGGAGUUUGCGCAGAGGGGCGACUGGAUCCGCGCUAUGCGCCUCUUCAAGUACAUGCAGCGUCAGCAAUGGUGCGCGCCGAACGAGUAUAUUUACACCAUUAUGAUCGGCAUCAUGGGGCGAGAGGGCAUGUUGGACCGUGCACAGGAGCUGUUUGAGGAGAUGCCGGAGCAUGGCGUGGAGUGGAAUGUGUAUUCCUUCACUGCGCUCAUCAAUGCUUAUGGGAGAAACGGCAUGUACGAGAGAUCGCUAGACCUGCUAGCUCGCAUGAAGCGGGAGGGAGUGGCAGCGAACAGCAUCACAUAUAACACAGUGCUGCAUGCAUGUGCCAAGGGCGCCAUUCCGUGGGACGGACUGGUUGACAUAUUCGCAAAGAUGAGGCAGGAGGGCGUGCAGCCUGACAUUGUCACGUUCAACACGCUGCUAGCGGCCUGCAAUGCGCGUUCGCUGGUGGAACAAUCGGCUAUGGUCUUCCGAUCCAUGGUGGCCUCGCAGGUACCGCCCAACGCCCUCUCGUACGCCUCAUUGGUCGACACGCACCGCCGGGGCGGGCAGCUGGGCGGCGUGCGUCGUCUGUUCCAGGAGAUGUCUGAGGAGGAAGGGGUGGUGGCUGACGUGUCAGCUUACAACAUGCUCAUCGAUGCUUACGCGUGGGGGGGAGAGUAUCAAGCAGCACAGGAGGUGUUCAACGAGAUGCAGCAGGCAGGCUGCAUCCCCAACGUGGCCACCUACACGGCGCUCCUGAAAGCCCUCGGUUCGAACGGCAGCUACCACCACGUGCGCUCCGUCUUCACCUCCCCGCUCUCCUCCUCGUUCCCUUCCCUGCUCCUAUCUCUCCUCCACCCACCCAGGUGUUCAACGAGAUGCAGCAAGCCGGCUGCAUCCCCAAUGUGGCAACCUAUACUGCCCUUCUCAAGGCUCUGGGUCCAACGGCAGCUACCACCACGUGCGAUCCGCCUUCACGCAGAUGAAAGCCUCCGGGAGAAGGAAAGCCAAUCUCCCUCCCCUCACAGGAAACCCAAUCUCCCUCCCCUCACAGGAAACCCAAUCUCCCUCCCCUCACAGGAAACCCAAUCUCCCUCCCCUCACAGGAAACCCAAUCUCCCUCCCCUCACAGGAAACCCAAUCUCCCUCCCCUCACAGGAAACCCAAUCUCCCUCCCCUCACAGGAAACCCGACCUCUCCACGUACCUGACGCUCCGUGAGGCGCGGCUGAGUCAAAUUUUGGGACGAGUUUUGAGUCGCCUUCCCUGCUCCUUUCUCCCCCAUCAGGUCUUCAACGAGAUGCAGCAAGCCGGCUGCAUCCCUAAUGUCGCAACAUACACUGCCCUUCUUAAAGCCCUCGGGUCCAACGGCAGCUACCACCACGUGCGAUCCGUCUUCACCCAGAUGAAGGCCUCUGGGAGGAAACCCGACCUCGCCACGUACCGGACCCUGCUGGACGUUUUUAUCUCGGGAGGGUUCUUCCGGGAAGCUUCGCGGCUGUUCUGGGAUAUGGAGGAGGAUGGGGUGGAGGUGGAUGAAGGCGCAUUCACUUCCCUCCUGGUGGCGUGUGGUUUGGGAGGAUUGACGACCGAAGCUACUGAGAUAUACAGGUUUAUGCGGGAGCGAUCACAGGUGCAGCCGUCAGCCUCGUUAAUGGAGGCUCUGAUAAGCGCGUAUGGGCAGGCAGGCAUGUACGACCAUGCGCUCACGGCCUUACAUGAGAGCAUGGAGAUGGGACUCUCAGAGCAGCCGGGUCCCUUCCUGGCUCUCAUGGAGGCGUAUGCAGCAGGGGGCAUGCACGACGAUGCAGCCUUCGUCUUUGCUCUCAUGAUGCAAUCCGAUGGGGGGAGAGCGGCAGCAAGCGCAGGAGCAGGCGCAGCAGCAGGAGCAGCAGGGGGAGCAGCAGGAGGGUUUUUGUCUGGGGACUCCAGUACUGCGGGAAACACAGCCGUCUCGCUCUCGUCCCCUGCCCUCUCCUCCUCCUCCUCCGCCUCCUCCUCUGAUCCAUACCCUGCUGAUGCCUCUCUGCGGACCUUCAAUGCUCUCAUCGAGGCGUUCACUAAAGGGGGGCUUUAUAAUGAAGCAAUCAAAGUCAGCGAGGACAUGGAGCAGGCAAACUGCCGGCCUUCUCUGGCAACGCAUGCAGCCAUGGUGGCCGCAUACAGCGCUGCAGGCACGUUCGAAGCGGCUUAUGCACAGACGACGGAGAUCAGGGAGGAGGGCAUGGUGCCGCCUGCUGCUAGCUACUGCCAUCUGCUGGCACUGUGUGCUAGAAGGGGAAGGUGGCAGGACAUGAGGCGGCUGAUUGCGGAGAUGGAGGGGGGGGGAACGGGGGAGGAGCACCGGGUGGUGAGGGGGCUGCUGGUGGGGCGGUAUGAGUCGGAGGAGUUCUGGCCGAUUGCAGCGGACUUCUUUGGGCGCCUCAAGAGGGAGGGAGUGGCAGUGAAUCGAGUCUUCCUCAACGCGCUCAUGGACGCCCUCUGGUGGGCGGGCAGGCGGGCAACAGCACUCAAGCUGCACGCACCAGCCACCAGCCUCGCCGUCUUCCCGGAAGCUUCCUACCGCUCCCCAACCCUCUGGUCCCUGGACGUGCACCGCAUGUCACAAGGGGCGGCCUGUGUGUUUCUGCACCAUUGGCUCUCGCAAGUGCAUGAGACAGCUGUGCUGGAGCCAGCAGAACUUCCUCCUCUCUUCAGUAUAGUCACAAGGUGGGGUGACGAAAGUCCCAACAAGGAUGAGGCUGAUGCAGCGCCUGUGAAUAAAGCUAUGCUGGUGUCGGAGACGACGAUCAAGCUCGACGAUUUCGUCACCAUACAUGCUGAGCUGGAAGCCUGCCUGCUCGCCAUCCCCACAGACGCCCUGCCUGAUGACCUCGUAGCGCAGCUCCAAGCCACGCUCAAGCAGAUCCACGACGCGUGCUUCGAAGACCUGUUUACGGCCGACAUGAAGCAGCAGCUGCAGGCGCUGCAGCAGGACGGCGGGGGCAGCGGGGGCGCGGGCGUGCGGCGCAGCAGCAGCCUGGGGACCCCGUACACGCAGAGCCAGUUCCCCGCGGGGCAACUGGCGGACGCGCUGGGCAUGGACAGCGGGGGCGCGUUCCGCAAGGAGCAGGAGGCGCUGGCGCUGGAGAAGCGCAAGGCCGCGGAGAGCAGAGACAAGGCGCAAGAGGCGCUCAUGGACCAGCUGAUCACCAUUCUGAUGCGCAUGGAGCGGGAGCUGCCCGCUUUCAAGGAAUCCCAGGCAAAGCUCGCCCGCGAGAGAGCCUCUGCAGCAGCAGCAGCCAGCUCAGGCGGCGGGCAGCGCGGCAGCAGCGGGCUCUCAGGCACCUCCUCCGUCCCCAAGUCCCCCAAAGAGCUCCUCAGCCCCACCCGCCGCCGCAUGAUGCUUCUGGCAAACGCUGUGGACGAUAUGACUGGGGAUGCUGCUGGGCUGUCGCUUACUGGGAGCGGCGGGAGCGGGUCGGCGGGUCGGGAACGCCGAAGCAGGCGGUCUGGUGCGGAGGGGGGUGGUGCGGGGGAGGGCGGGCGUGAGUCGCAGCAUGAUAGGUACGACUCGCAGACCCAGCAGCAGCAGCAGCAGCAGCAUUCGCGGUUUAGGGAUGGGGAGGGGGAUGGAGGCGGGCGGACGGACGACGAUCGGCAGAAGGACCGGAACAGAGCAGUGCGAGGGGAGAGGGAGCAUAGGAGGAGCACCGAGCGUAGGGACCGAGGCAAAGACGAACCUGGUUCGGGCACCGCCAUGCCAGGUUCUAAAAGCACCGGGGGGGCAGGUGCGGGCGAUGCCCGGUCCAAGUCACCGUUUGACAUGGGCGGCAGGAAGGGCGGCGACGAUUUGGAGUAUAUGGAUGACCCGACACGGGCUCGUACCGGCAGUUCGAGUGGGAGAGAGAAGGAUAAGAUGGGGAAGACGGGCAGUGGGGGGAGCUCGGCUAGUAGCGUCUGCGGUGGGUCACGUACCCGGUCCAAGACUGGGCGUACUAGCAGUGUGGAUAGGCCUGGAGGGAACGGGGAUAUGGGGGGGAUGGGAGGGGAGUUAGGUGGGGAGGGCGGCGGGACAGGUGCGGAAUGCUCCGACCCUGAAGCUGACCUGGCGGCGUAUGAUCCCGAGGCUCCGCAGCAGAUCGUGCAGAAUCUGCUGUUUGGGUCGGCGGAGGAGAAGGGCCGGGCGGCAGGGCUCGUCGGGUGGUAUGCAUCCAUCUCAGCUGCUAACAGAUCGACUUUCCGAGAAGCUGGUGCUGUAGACGCACUGCUGCCGCUGGCUGUGGGUGGGCCUAGGGACCCCAAGGGAGCAGAAUCCGCCCUUGCCGCUCUGUUGAACCUGUCUAGUGAUGAGAUGGGGAAGCAGGAGCUGCUCACGCACCUCCCGCUGCUGAUUCAGGCGCUCAAACGCGCGGAUUUCUCCCCUGCAGCCGGCUCAUCCGCUGCGAAUGUGAUGAAAUGCGCUGCUUCCUUUUCGGACCGCGCCCGGGGGCUGGUUAUCGAUGCAGGAGCAGUCCCGCCACUCGUGAAGCAGCUCACCGGAUCGAACAACGAAGGGAUGCAUCCGGGGUAUGAUACCCCGUCCAGGCAGGCUGCAGCCGAGGCUGUAGCGUGUCUCGCUCAGUGCGAGUCACAGCGGAGCAAGCUGGUGGGAGAAGGUGUGAUUCCAGCCCUGGCGGUGGCCCUGCAGGCGAAUCUGAACAACGAAACAGUGGUCGCCACGUGUCAAGCGCUCUCAAGGCUUGCAACGGUCCCGGACGGGAGGGAGGCGAUGGGCGAGGCGAUCCCGUCGCUGGUAACCGUGUUACGGCUGGAUUACCCUGCGGCGGUGAGGGAUGCGGUGGAGGCGUUGCUGCAGCUGGCGAAGCACAGCCCGACGCACAGAAGCAAUAUCAGGAACAGCGGAGGCAUGCGGUACUUGCGGAAUGUGUUGCGAUCAGGCCCUCCUACUCUCCACCCAAAGGCUAUGGAGCUUUUGGCAGCUCUUUUCUCCUAA